CAUCUCCUCCCCUCUGCCGAGGAAUAAUAGCGGGUGUCCGAUAAUGCCAGUUCUCUUCUACAGUCGGAUUACAGCUGUGGCACCACGCAGUCGGACAAUCACGAAGUCAUAAAACGUCGAAUAAACUAUAAUUGUUAGAGAAGACACCCGUAUAACAAAGAAAUGGAUCCAAAUCGUCAACAGAGAGAUGUCCCGCAGAAUGCCAUCCCAGCUGGAUGCUUUGGGCAAGGAAAUGUUCCCACUCUAGAGAGGGGGAUCAUCAGUGGUGACAACGUCCAGUUUGGGAGACUGCGGCGUCGAUCACAUUUGUCCCAGUCUGAGAGCUCUGGGGCUGAAGAGGAGCGACUGAGUUCAUCUGUAGAGGCAAGUGGCUCCUAUGGUCAAAGUCCUGUUCUCCGGGGCAUGCAGGCCGAGGCGGUGUGGGUCAACCGCAGCUCCUACGAGCAGGCAGAGGGCCACUACCUGCGUGGGCUUGCUUCUAAUGGCAUCGGACCACAGUCCUCCUCUCCUCGAAGCCCCAGCACAAGAGGAGGUUUGACCUUCCACUCCAGACGCAUCCAGGAUCAGGGGCCCGUCGUGACGACUGUGAAAGUCUCCGGCACACCUCACCGUCACAUGGGUAGAGGCAGAGAUCGAACCUCUUCUGAGACAGAGCAGGGGGGCAAAGGCAACAAGGGCACACACCCAAGAAAGAGAGGCCACUCUGAGACAGAAAACAGGCCCAAAUGGGACAAGACCAACAUGAGCGGACUGCAGUGCCUUGCCACAGAGAACAUCUGGUUUGACAAACAGUGCUACGAUGAUGCAGAGAGGCGUUUCUAUGAGGGAGCCAGUGGCCCUGCCCCUCAGCAGCAGCAACAGGUAAAAGCGGCCCAGCAGCAGCCACCAGCCAAAGGGCGCCAACACAAACGGCAGCACAGGAACUCCUCCUCCCACUCAGGAGACCAGGAGCUGGUGUCACGCAUGAAGAGCUUGGAGCUGGAGAACCAGACUCUGCACAAAGUGGUGGAGGACAUGAGGGCAGCGCUGCAGAAGCUGGAGACCAGAGUGGGUGUCCUGGAGAAGUCCCCUGCACCAGCUGCUGUCCCGUGUGCCAAGGCUGCACCAGUCCAGUCGGCUCCAGCCAAACAGGUGAAGGUGGAAAAUGAUGACGAUGACAUCGACUUAUUUGGUAGUGAUGAAGAAGAUGAGGAAGCAGAAUGCCUCAAGCAGGAGCGCCUGGAGGCUUAUGCAGCCAAGAAAGCCAAGAAACCUGCCGUCAUUGCCAAGUCCUCCAUCCUGCUGGACGUCAAACCUUGGGAUGACGAGACGGAUAUGGCAAAACUGGAGGAGUGUGUGCGCUCGGUGCAGAUGGACGGGCUCUUGUGGGGCGCCUCGAAGCUGGUUCCGGUCGGCUAUGGAAUCAAGAAGCUGCAGAUCAACUGUGUGGUCGAGGACGACAAAGUUGGCACAGAUAUCCUGGAGGAGGAGAUCACCAAGUUUGAGGACUUUGUCCAGAGUGUUGAUGUUGCUGCCUUCAACAAGAUCUAAGCUGCUGCUGCUGCUACGGUUAAUAAAACGGAGUUUUGAGCACAAA